CUAUUCCUCACGUAUCUCCACCUGGGAGCCAAUAAUCUUGUGGAACAAGACGAUCGUGUUCACACACCCACAAGAGGCUAACUGCUGUGUUGUGCUUCUGGUAGAGGAUGCUACCGUACGCCGUCCCGCAGGUCACCCCCACAAACACUCGAACUACAAAGGAGGAUAUCUUAUUGCCCCGUAGGAAACUACUGCAGGCGUUCAUUCAUCGCUCAUUUUCAAACUUGCUUCCAAGUAGCAACAGCAACGUCGAGGUAGUUCACCCUUCAGCGUUCUCCUGCAGUCCAAGUCCAAGUCUUCUCUGUCCCGUUUCCAGUAUCUUUGUCCAGGAUGAACCUUACCAAGAUUAUUGCUCACCUUGCAGUCAUUGCGGCGGCAAUGGGAUCUCUCGCGGAAGCUGGAAACAUCGGUCAACAGGCCCAGCAAAACAUCUCAAACGCUGACCCCUACACGAAGUCGUCGGAGUUGCCCAAGUUGACCCAAGCGCCAUCGGUCACGCCAACCGAUGUGGCCCUGACCCCAUGCCCAACUAAACCAUCUCCAACUACGACCCCGAUUGCCACCCCAAUUACCACUCCUGCCCCAACGACACCUUCGACACAACCAGAGGAAGGCUCUACUCCCGCCCCUACCAAAACUGAUGAUACCAAUCAGACAAAGGGUGAGGAUACCGACAAGAAUAGCUCAGGUGGCAUUGGGGGUGGAUCAGCCAAAGAUGGAGUUUCAGAGGGUGGCGGUGCAAAUGGCGGGGCGAAGGGAGGCAUCUCAGGUUCCACGAAAAGAGUACCAGAGGGUGUAUCCGGCUCAGUAGACGUCAACGUAUCCAGCAGUGCGGAUCACGGUGCAAAUGGAGGCGUGUCCGGUGGUGUGAGCGGUGGAGCCAACGGCGGCGUGUCUGGCGGUGUUGGUGGCGGUGCUCAGGGAGGCGUUGGCGGCGGCGUUAGCGGUGGCAUCGGAGGCGAUUACGAGCUCCGGAUAGGCUUCUGA